UGAAAUAUCUGAAUGUUGACACUGGAAUAGUCCUCCUGCGUUUCCCUAAAAGCUGUUAUAAACUCCUCUGGUCUGCAUUGCCUUUCAUCACCGGGAUUGAAACUCGUGGGCAGAAAAUCCCAUGUUUUCUGAACUGUUUGCAUGUGGGGGGAACAAUCAGAACAUGCCAGAAGUUUCUGGUGCGAUACAACACCCAGCAGCUUUGUCGAAUGCUCCCUAAAUGUAAAAACGAAGAAGACAAACGACAGGUUCAGAUAGAAAUCCUGAACUGCUCUCUAACAGGAGGAAACAAGGACGCAUUUAAGGAUGAACCAAAGAGUGAGGAGGAUGAAGACGAGUGACUUCACAGCAUGCAGUAGAAGGCAGCGGACUGUUUUUGUUACAGGACUGUUCGAUAGAAGAUAUGAAACAUUUGAAGAAAUGCAUAUCCAACUCUGUGGAAACAGUUUACUGGAGCUGCUCAGUGCAUUUGCUGCACAAGAAGAGCAACUGAGUGUUUUCCUGUGUGCAAUAGAGGGACACAUUACAUGAUGUUUGUCACAUGAGUAAUUUGAGUUGGCUUAAUGGCCUGAAGGUCAGUAUGAAAAUCCUUUAACUGCAAGAUGACACCUAACACUGUUACAGAAUUACUAUGAUUUGGUUGUUUUGGAAGCAAGUGUCACUAAAAAUAAAACUGUAACAACACAUAGCACAAAAUAAGAAUAUAGACAACUUUUG